UUGACCCCGGAAAUCCGGGCGGGCGCAGAGCCGCGUGCGCUUUGCGACAGAGCCGUAAAGGUGAGCGGAACUAUGGCGGUGUACGCUGCUGCGGCAGGCGUCCUGGCAGGCGUGGAGAGCCGCCAGGGCUCCAUCAAGGGGCUGGUGUACUCCAGCAACUUCCAGAACGUGAAGCAGCUUUACGCACUGGUGUGCGAGACGCAGCGCUACUCCGCGGUGCUGGACGCGGUGAUUGCCAGCGCCGGCCUCCUCCGCGCGGAGAAGAAGCUGCGGCCGCACCUGGCCAAGGUGCUAGUGUAUGAGCUGUUGUUGGGGAAGGGCUUUCGAGGGGGUGGGGGCCGAUGGAAGGCUCUGUUGGGCCGGCACCAAGCAAGGCUCAAGGCUGAGUUGGCUCGGCUCAAGGUUCAUCGGGGUGUGAGCCGGAAUGAGGACCUGCUGGAAGUGGGAUCCAGGCCUGGUCCAGCCUCCCAGCUGCCUCGAUUUGUCCGUGUCAACACUCUCAAGACCUGCUCCGAUGAUGUAGUUGAUUAUUUCAAGAGAAAAGGUUUCUCCUAUCAGGGUCGGGCUUCCAGCGUUGACGACCUCCGAGCCCUCAAGGGGAAGCAUUUUCUCCUGGACCCUUUGGUGCCGGAGUUGCUGGUGUUUCCUGCCCAGACAGAUCUACAUGAACACCCACUGUACCGGGCUGGGCACCUCAUUCUGCAGGACAGGGCCAGCUGUCUCCCAGCCAUGCUGCUGGACCCUCCGCCAGGCUCCCACGUCAUUGAUGCAUGUGCUGCCCCGGGCAAUAAGACCAGUCACUUGGCUGCUCUUCUGAAGAACCAAGGGAAGGUCUUUGCCUUUGACCUGGAUGCCAAGCGGCUGGCGUCCAUGGCUACUCUGCUGGCCCGGGCCGGCGUCUCCUGCUGUGAGCUGGCUGAGGAGGACUUCCUGGCGGUCUCCCCUUCAGAUCCGCGCUACAGUCAGGUCCGCUACAUCCUGCUGGAUCCUUCCUGCAGUGGCUCGGAGCAGACAGCUGGAGGAGCCUGGUGCACGCACACCUUGCCCGGCGCGCCUGCAUGCGCUGGCAGGGUUCCAGCAGCGAGCCUUGUGCCACGCGCUCACUUUCCCCUCCCUGCAGCGGCUCGUCUACUCUACGUGCUCCCUUUGCCAGGAGGAGAAUGAAGAUGUGGUGCGAGACGCCCUGCAGCAGAACCCGGGCGCCUUCAGGCUAGCUCCUGUCCUGCCUACCUGGCCCCACCGAGGCCUGAGCAGGUUCCCAGGUGCGGAGCACUGCCUACGGGCCUCCCCAGAGACCACACUCAGUGGUGGCUUCUUCGUUGCUGUAAUUGAACGGGCUGAGGCACCGAGGUGAGUGGGCAGGAGCGUGCUUGGGAGACACAGGCUGACCCUGGCACAUCUCACACGACACUUCUCCUCUAGCUCAGCCUCACAGGUUGAAGCAUCGGCGCCAGAAUGCACACCCGGCCCAGCCCCAAAGAGAAAGAAAAGACGGUGACAAGCCACAGCUGGUGCUUACACGCUGCCUGGCACAUAGCAGGGGCUCCGGGCUGCCUCCUUCCUGGUGGGAAAGGAAGACGCCUGUCCUCUCCAUGGAGGGCCCUGGGCCUCACCGCAGGCAGCAGAUAGGCUACUGGGUCCCUUCCUUGGGCUGUGUUCUUGCUAGCGAGAAAAGUGUUGCCCACAAAAAUAAAACGCAGAGCGUGUUCUA